UCACUAUCAUCUCUUCUAAUCUCAUUAUCGCUAUCGGGAAACCCCGUUGCUUAGUGCUUGGUUACCUUUCGGUUGCUCGGAACCCCGAAUGCGGAAUAGUGUCGUGGCGUAGGCUGUCAGUCUUACGCGCUUGCUGAUAUGUGUGACGCCGCAGCCUAACUCGAAAUGUCAAGUUAAUAAUGGUGAGAUACUCGGCCCCCCAUGUUUCCAUUUCGAAACCGUAAACGGCGUCAAUGGAACUUUCCUCACCUGAACUCACUGCAGAGAACUUCUUCCUCCUCAUCUUCUCUCGUCUGUGGGAAUCGGACCUUUCUUUGCUCAACGACCACCAAAGAAGCGUCACCGGGAAGCCGCUUUGACCCUUGCCCACGCUACGUUACCCGCCCUCAAUUCUGGGACCACUUACAUCCUCAACCUCUUCAACGAAACUGCCAUUCAAGCCACGAAGCCUCGAACCGAGACCCUUUUUUUUUUUAGCACCUUGGAGACAACUUGCUCUCCGUAAUUCCAAAUCCACACCGAUAACAAGGUAGCCAUACAAGGGGAGAUCUGCAACUUUGUUGUUCUCCCUCGAGUCCCGAUUUCCUGGAGUUAUCCACCUCGCGCGUAUUCGAGGUCCGUCAAGGAGAGCUGCUUUUCAGGUGAGAUAUUACGUAUCAUUCCUCAAGAUAUUAUACGUUAUACAAACACCUCCGGGCCGCCUUCGCCACUUAGCGCUUCAAGCUUCAGGAUUGCGUACAUACCUAUGAUCCGCUUUCCCCAGGCUUAGAUGAUUGUCUCGCACAAUGCAAGGGCGGUCGUUACCCUGAGCGACCCAAUCUCAUCUCCCAGAAAGCAACCGCUCGGCUCUGCAUGGAAAUCUGAAGGGUUUGUCAAGAAUUAUUUGCUGAUUUUGGUUUGACGAAAGCCGCGUUCCCGCCAACCGCAAUCAUUCAGGCACAUUGAACAUUAUCCCGUUUGAACUUGUCGCCGUAUCUCCACCCUGCCACCAUGACUUCUUCACUGCCUCUCCAACCACUCGCAACUUAUGCUGAGGAUCCCCACUCUGGUCCGGAUAGCAACCCGUUAUCCACUCUGAAUCUCACAAUUCUCAAGAGUCUCUCAGACAAGAAAACGAGAGAUGGUCAAACACCGAAACGGCGUGGCCCCAAGCCGGACAGCAAGCCAGCACUCACAAGACGUCAAGAGCUGAACAGGCAGGCACAACGAACGCACCGCGAACGAAAAGAGCUAUACAUCAAAGCCCUCGAAGAUGAAGUUCUGCGUCUCAAGGAGAUCUUUGGAACCAUCUCACAAGACAAGGAGCGUCUUGCCGAAGAGAACCGGCGGCUGAAAGCUAAGCUAGCCCAGAACGACGCGGCCGGCGAUCCAAUUGCUGCCGACACAAACUUCUUUGACCAAAUGGUUAGCAGUCCAAGCGGGCCGAGCCCUGGAUACACUUCCAGCUCCAGCAUGUUGGGAAGCGAAAGCUACCUACCGGGGGGGCCGUCCAGCCAAACCACCUUCCCAUCACCACCUUCAUCUACGACGACCUCGCCGGCUUACCGUCCACCCCUCGGGGGACCGAGAGAUUUCAACACCGUUUUGGGAGAUGGCGCAGGUGUUAUGGUAUCAAAGAGGGAUCCAGAUUUGGAUUAUGAUCAAGCCGGUAUUGAUUUUGUGUUAACACUCGAGCGUCCAUGCAUGGAACACAUGACAUGGCUACUAGAACGAGGAACCGGCACCGAAGACAGAGCGCAGCGAGAGCCCUGCGGCCACGCACUCAUGGCUUCCUGUCCCCCCGAGCCCUUCUCCGAGCUAUCGCCAGAGAGCCCUUUCGGGCACACCAACACCAUUCACGCUCACGCUCACGGUCACCCCCCGAUGCCUACUAGCAUAAGCGGUGGUGGUCAGCGCACAUGGGAACUCAGCAAAGCCGACCUGGCUACGCUGCUCGACCUAAGCAAGCGGCUAGAUCUCGACGGGGAGAUCACUCCUGUCAUGGCUUGGGGGAUGAUCCUCGCUCAUCCGCGGCUUGCCGAGUUGCAGCUGGAGGACUUUGCGCGGUUGACGGAGGAGUUGGGGAGCAAGGUUCGGUGUUACGGGUUUGGAGCUGUGAUGGAAGAGUUUGAGGUUAGGGAUGCGUUGGAGAAUCUGUUUUCGACAAAGCCGGAUGGAAGAGUGUUUGAGGAUUUUUGAGAGGACGGUGCUGGUGCGGUCGCCUAUAAUAGCUGGCUCGACGACUGAUGAGGGAGGCCUUGGCAGGUAUCUUUUUGUAAACAUUACCUACCCAUGUUUAGACAAGCUGGAAACUAAAUCAGUUAUCACUGAACCGGCCUCAAAAUGCCAUUCAGGGCAUGAUGGAAUCCAAGCCCUCUCGAGAGGGAAGUGUCAGAAUAAUACUAGCAACACCGAGCAAAGGCCAACAAAAGAUGUCAAAGAAAGGUGUACCGGAAAUGGUG